GAAAUUUCGACCGACGAGUGCACUUCGCCAUUGCGUGGUCAUUAGAGAGUGCAUUCCGUGACACCCAAGAGCAAGGACGAAAAAACCCAACGGUGGAAUUUCGCAUUGAAUGAUUUACCGUUGACAGGAAGUAAUUUUCAAAGUUUUGGAAGCUUGUUUAUUUUCUCGGUGCUCGCUUGUUGCAAAGGGUGCAAUUAUUUGUGUGAGGCGUCAGUCGGUGUCGCCAAAUUGUCUGGAGACGGAUGAGUCAUCACACGAGGGUUUGAGCAGAGCCCGACUGGGUUUCAUCGUGCAUAACAACAUAACCUACACAAACGCUUUCGGAGCAUCUGAACUGGUUGUUGUUUUCAUUUCCCGGCGAGUAUGCUGCAGUUGAGUUUUGAUCUCGCGGUUGUUCGGGUUGAGUUCAAGGAAAGAGCUGAAUAAAGAAUGUCAGUCAAUGGGAAGGUGAUGAGUAAUAUUGAUUAGCUCACGGACGCGCUCACAUUGUGUUUCGUGUCGUUUACCGUCGUGCAGUUAGUUCUACCGUUUAGUAGUGGUGUGCGGCAUUGCAGUGGUAAUUUCUCGGAUAGUUGCAUUAACGUCUCAAUUUUGUUCGGAGAAGCGUUGAACAGCGCACCGUUUCCAAAGUGGCGCACUUCGGGCACUCCUUCGAAUACCGUGCCGCAUUAUUGUCUAUGUGUUUACUGAUAAACACAAUCAAUAGUGUGCUCCUGGAUGUGCUGAUCAAGCUUAACCUGCUCACGACAGGGAUUAUUCUUUCGUUCAAACUCGGAUCGGAAACGCUGACGACGAUGGGACUCAAGGGGGCUAACAUUUUCAUAGAGAACGGUUUGCUAAGCUACGAGAACCCAAACUACCACAUGGACCCACUGCGAAUGGAGCGGAACUCGCACCUGUACGAGGAGAUUAUCUCCGAGCUGCAGCAGCAGGGUACCCUGCGGGCAGCCGGCGCGGUCAACCUGGUGCGCGAUCCGAACCAGAUACUCGGCAGCAACCGAAAAGGAUAUUUGGAUCUCGGUUCGAUGGGUGUAGACGGCAAGGAAGUUGACGGCUCUUCGAAGGAUAAACAAUUGAUGCUAGACGGUUCACCGAAUGAGUCGGAAACUCGAAAGGAUCAAGUUUCGGAGAAAGGCGGCAAGACCAAGGAAGAGAUUAAACACAUUGCAGGUACACUGAACGCGGACGAUUUGUACGCGCUGCCAAAUAAGAAGAAGCAGGAAGUGAAUGAGGUUCCUCCGGAAGACGAUGACGAUGAGGAAGAAAAGGGUAAGCAGGAAGAUAUCGAAGGUAUUGAGGACAAGGACAAAACAAACGAUCUGCCACCCGGCUGGGAAAAGCAUGAAGAUAAUGGUGGCCCCUACUACUGGCACAUCAAAACGGGAACAAUCCAACGAGAACCACCGGCAUGGCCAAAAGAACCACCGAAAGAGCCAGCGAAAACGACUGCCGUACCAACUCCACGGUGCAUACAAAACUCGAUGUUUUCGCAAACCCUAGCCAGUCUGUACGGUACACCAAAGCCUGAGUCAAGUUCGGGCGGCUCCAGCAGCGGUAGAUUGCAUGAAAGUAUUACGUCCGUCACCCGUAGCAGCACUAGCUCUGCGCUAGAUCAGGAAGAUGAGCGUCGACGAAGAGAGUAUAUCGUGUUGAAACGAAGAAGUUUUCCACUGAAAUCGGACACAGAUCGACCAAUACGAUUCGCCGUUCGCUCGUUGGGCUGGGUUGAGAUUGCUGAAGAGGACCUAACACCAGAGCGAUCCUCGAAAGCCGUGAACAAGUGUAUUGUAGAUCUCUCGUUGGGCAGAAAUGAAUUGCUGGACGUUGUUGGAAGAUGGGGUGACGGCAAAGAUCUGUUUAUGGACUUAGACGAAGGUGCUUUAAAAUUAAUUGAUCCGGAAACGCUGACAAUACUGAACUCACAGCCAAUUCACACGAUUCGCGUGUGGGGCGUUGGCAGGGAUAACGGAAGGGAUUUCGCUUACGUGGCCCGAGAUCGACUCACCCGGAUCCAUAUGUGUCACGUUUUCCGCUGUGAUACCGCCGCAAGGACGAUCGCCAAUACUUUGAGAGACAUAUGUAAAAGGAUAAUGAUUGAACGAUCCCUCCAGCUCGAUACCAGUAUUUCCGGCUCGAGCAGUUCCCGCUGUCCAAUACGUCCCACUGAUCUGCCGACCGAGAAUCGUCGAUGGAUACGGCACCCAGCUUCGUUCCCAACGCCAAUGGAGGAACCAAAGAAGGUGCUAAAGGCACAAUACAUAGGUUCGCUCGAGGUGAGCCAACCGACGGGAAUGGAAAUGCUGAACGAUGCCAUCGACAAAAUGUUGAGCUGCACUCCGAUCGAGAACUGGGACAACGUUAACGUAUCGGUGGCGCCCAGUAUGAUCAGCAUUAACACUUCGGAUCCCGAGGCACGACUUCUGUGCGAGUGCCGGGUGCGAUAUCUGAGCUUUUUGGGAAUUGGCAAGAACGUGAAAAACUGUGCGUUCGUCAUGCAUACGGCACAGGAUAAGUUCGUGGCUCACGUAUUUCAUUGCGAGCCGACCAGUGGAGCAUUGUGCAAGACGGUUGAGGCCGCAUGCAAGUUGCGAUACCAGAAAUGUCUUGAUGCCCAUCCGGAGGGGAGUGGUCGCUAUUCGGCGGACUCGCACACGCCGGGAAAGGGCAUCGGCGCCACUUUAAAAAACUUGAUGAGCUCGUUCUCGCUAAAAAAGGAUAAGGCCAGCUCCUGAGAACGAGCAAAAUCACUGCAGUAAACCAAGACCCCCCGAUUGUAAUUUAGGAAAUCUGGCCACUAGCCGCGGAGCGGGAGGUCAUCCCUCAUCGGCACCUGCAGUCGCCGCUCAUAAAUAAGAAGAUCUUCGAAUACUCCAACAGUCCGUAGCACAUAGCGCUGCCAGCUGUCUGGCAGAAGAUCGCUGUUACCAAAACCGCCACCGCUGGUAAUACGUUUAGCACUAGCCGAAAAUCAUCCGUAUCUUCACUGUCGGUAGUAUCGGUCGAGUCCAUGCUAUCGUCGGAAACGUCCAUCACAACGAUCUCAUCCUGCAGCCAUCAAGUAGCCACCGUGACAGCUUAUAGUAAUAACCAAUUAAACAUUCAUACCACCAUCAGCAACACUAUUAGCGGUAAUGAUGAUAAUAGUAUUGGUAGUAUUAGUGAAAGCACCACGAUUGGAGCGCAUCAGCUGUAUCCACAGGGAUUAACAUCUGCAUCGGUAGUUCUGCAACAGACGAUCCCUUCAACAACGAACCUAUUUGGUACUGGGGUUGGUUGUAUCGAUGGCUGCGGAAGCAACUGUAAGCAUAACUGGUUACAUUGCGUGGCUGAAGAAAAUAUUUAAGUUUUCAUAUUCGUUUGGGCGAAUUUUUUUAUCUCACAUUAAUUGUUAAACGGUGUUUGUCAAGUGGAUACUGGUCGGCAAGGAUGAAAAUGACACGGUGAAGGGAGCUCAGACGUUGGAUAGGUAUUGAAGGUGGGAUUUUGCGUAAAUUACGAUAUUAUAGUGAACCUGAGUUUGUAUACAUUGAGAGAAGAAUUGUUUACGAGUGAACCACUGUUCACUCAGGGUUUAUGCUAAAUUCGGGGAAAUUAGGGUCGAGAACAAUCUUUGAUUUCAAUCAAAUCCAUUGAAAAAUGGGAUAAACUUAUCACGAUAAGUGGGAGAGAGUAUCAACUCCAGCGUGGAGCUCAAAUCGUAAGCCGAACGCUCAUUAUCAUAAGCUUUGCACUUUAUUAUUAUGUGGGGAAUGGAUAGGGCCACAUCACAUUUGAGACAGUUGAGGGAGCUUAUUUGGUGAUCAGGUAGCUGUGAAUGAGGAAUCACUCCGAACUAUUGUGGUGUUAUAGAAUUAUGGUAUUUUUGGUCUAACGAACAACAUCCAUGGAAAGGGCAUCAUCCGUCUCAGUGUGUGAUCCACAAAGGAUCGGACGACAUGGAACCCGGCAUGAUCCGGUUGAGGAUAACUUUAUAAAGAACUUUGAGAGCAACAUGAUACACAGCAACAUGAUGCUGCGCCAAUUACCACAUUCGGUAACAUCUCUUUUCUUGAGAACAUUCAAUAAUAUGUCGUGGACUCAGUCGUAUGGAAAAGUCGUGGCUCCUCAGAUAUCGCUGAAGAGUUGAUGCAAUCUGUGCUGAGUGGAUCCGCGGGGUGGGACAUCUCAAUGCAGUCAAUUUCUGGCGCUUCGUUGGGCUUCAGACUUCACUUCACUAACUUAAGUUUGUCUCUACAAAACCUUGGAUUCACUGCCAAUGGUCGGUACUUGCACAUUGUCGCUGUGGGUUUCUUCAGAUUUUAGUCAGUAGAAUAACGACAUCAAUAAUGGUAAGUUUACGAUAAGGUCGCUUUUGUUGUAAACUAUUAUAUCUAGAAGAGGUUGGGUGGUCAGAUCCCAAUACUGCUUGAAUCGUUCAUUUUCCAGGACCGAUGCCGACUGACACGGUGGCUCGCUUCGAUGUCCCCAAAUAGAUCACAGAUUUUUUUUCGUAAGGAGAAGAGAAGCUUAAAUAGCUCGGAAAAGAAUGUUACCGAUAGGGAUCAUACAUGCGAUAACACUCACCGGUUCUGACGAUACAGUCCUACAUUUCUGAGCAGCUUCAGUGUUGUUGUUCACGCUGUCGUGCAUUUCGUUCCAGAGGGUGGACCCUAUGAUGGAGCUUUGUGGAACUUCUUCCGUGAUCUUUCUGCUUUUAUUUAUUUAUUUACAAUGAUGCCACAUCCUUAGAAGAGAUUGGAUCUGAUUCACAACAUUGUUCCGCAUUGUACAAGAUUCAUAGCUGCAGUUCUUCUACUCCCGGCUGUACCGAUUCUUGCCAAGUCCUGCCCCUUCUUGUUCCUACCGGAUUUGAUGCGAACGCCAUCUUUGCAGGGCUGCUGACCGGCAAUCUUGCAACAUGCCCUGUCCAUCGCACUCGUCUAGCCUUAGCGAUUUGCAUGAACACGUCGAGAUUUACAGUUAUCUCAAAACAUUUUUUUUGGUCAAAAAUACACUUUCCAGACAAAAAUCAACCAAGGGCAAAAAAAAUUUUUUUUUUCGAGAUAACAGUAAAUUUCGACGAGUAAUGCAUUUUUUUUGACAUUUGGCACCAACAUUUUUUUUUGAAACCACCGAUUUUCGGUGAUCUGUUGUAUUUAAAAAAAAACUGAAAUUUUAACGUCUGUGACACUAAUAAAUGAAGUUCGAAUGAGCUAAUAUUUUGCAUAGGGUGCAUUAUCGUGCGAAUCAAAAUUCCUCAGCAUGUUCCGAAUAAAAAAUCGAGAUAACUAUUUGUAUUGGUACCCAAAACCAUACGUUUCGUCUCGUAUUCCAAAAAUAAUCUAAGUCCCAGAGUGUCGAUUUUUGACAAUUUUUUUUCUCUCGAGAUGACACUAGAUCUUGACGUUUGUAACGUUUGUAAUUUUAAGACAUUUAGCAUAAAUUUUUUUUUCGAAAACCCUGAUUUGCUUUACUUCCCCCUUGGAUGAUUUUUCCUAUUCAAAUAAAAAAAUGAAUUUUUGACCACUUUGCGCCACUCUCCCUCAAGUCCGAUUGAGCUGAUGUUUGGCAUAGAGUGUUUUUACCUAACCACCGUAUAUUGUUCGGUGCACUCGGCGUUCGGAAACACCAAGCGCUUGUGAGUCCUCUUCAAGCAUCGUCCAUGCUUCGUGCUCAUAGAGAACAACCGGUCGAAUUAGGGAUUUGUACAUGGUAUGGAGCCGGAGAGCUCAAGUCUUUGCGGAGCCCAUAGUUGCUCAACGAACCAAGGUAAACAAAUUCCUCUACCACCUCGAGCUCGUCGCCGUCGAUCACAACACUACUACCAAGAAGAACUCUGUUGCGAUCAGUCCCUUCUGCUAGCAUGUAUUUAGUUUUAGACGCAUAGAUCUCAAGCCCAAUCAACACUGCUGCUUCGUGUGUCGGUAUACAAGUCGGCUACCGUCGCAUGAGUUCUUCCGAUUAUGUCCACGUCUUCGGCGAAGCAGAUAAACAGACUAGACUUGUUGAAAAUCGUGCCCCGCAUGUUGAAGCCCGCUCUCCGCAUAACACCUUCUAGCGCCACGUUGAAGUGCAGACAGGAGAGUCCAUCGCCUUGUCGAAGUCCUCUGCGAGUCUCAAAUGAUUCCGAUAGCUGUGAUCCUGUGAUCCGCACACUGCACUGCACACCGUUCAUCGUUGUCUGAAUCAGUUUUGUCUGUUUUCGGUUCGUCCAUGAUCCUCUAUAGCUGUUGUCGGUCGACUGUACCAUUGUAUCACAUGAUAACUUCCUACAAAUCUACUUACUAUUGGCGAUAUAUGGCGUGAGAGGAUCUGAGACCCAAAAAAGGAUAGCUCAUAUUGGAUUGUCCGGAAAGUUCUUGUCGAUUUUUGGGAAAACAAGCAUUCGAUAUCCGAUUGUAUUCUGCGUUCUACAAUCUUUUUUAUUUUAUUCCACAAUCUCUUGCCAACUUUCACCAUCUUUCAGGCAGCUUGAAAAUUCAAUCCUCCCGCUUAGUAUUCCGGAAAAAAUGUCCCAGAGUGUCGAUUUUGGACAAAAAUUUUUUUUCGAGAUGACAUUAAAUCUCGACGUUUCAUGCAAUUUGAAGACAUUUGGCAUCAAAAAAUUUUGUUUGAAACCCCCGAUUUCAUUUACUUCCCCCUUGGUUGAUUUUUCGAUUUUCUCCCUUAAAUCCAAUUGAGCUGAUAUUUUGCAUAGGGUGUUUUUUCGAGGUGAUGAACAUUUUGUAUGAGGAUUUUAGGGUCGAUUUUUUCCCAUACAUUCAGCGGCACCCUAUUGUACGUACACCUCAUACAAGGUAAUUUUGUUCCUCAAACUUAAUCUCGUUAUUAUUUAUUAAAUUGUCAGAUACUCUGGUUUCAGAAAAACUUUGAAAGGAAUCCCAGUGUAUUUUUUACAGAUAAUAUUUAUUCCGAUGAAGAAGACAUUAGAAGAAAUCAAGGUCAUUUCAGAAAAAAUAGGCAAAAUUGAGUGUCUAGAUAUCAUGAACGUCACAAAAAGUCUGGCAAUCCCGAAAAAUCAGGAAGGUUGGCAUCUCUGGUCGUUAUUUAAAUUGGUCAUGUGAUAAUGAAAAUUGUGAUUUUAGGGAAUUUUCCAUCAUAAGUACCAAGUUUCGAAAAAAAAAUCAGAGAGGGACGGGUCAGCAGCCGACUGGUUUGGGUUGGAAUUACUCCAUAUCGUACCACCUUUCAUGAACAAAUUGGACGAUGAGAAUUUGUAUCUUCGCCCCUAAUGACGCUCUCAAAUGAGGCUAUGAUCCUAAGUAAAGAUUUAUUUUGUCGGAAAAAACUAUUGUGGGGUCAAUUCCUAGAACCAGGUUCACUAUGAAUAUCGUGUAAAUUCCCUGAAAAAAUGUAUGAUCUGUGAAACCUGUCGACAGGAAACUUUUGUCCUUGAGUGGAAGACACACAGGUUGCAAUCGGAAAUCACCAGUUUAACCUCUAAUCUCCCGACGAUGAAAAACGAGAUGAAUUAACACAAUCGUCGUCAAAAGAGAUUGCGGCACCACCCUGUCAUCUAACGAAAUUAAGCAAAAACAAAAAAAAAUAUACGCUUCAAUACAGGUAUGAUUUCUUCCUUGGAAAGAGAUAACUAGCAAAAUGUGGGAAAACGUAAGAAAAUCAUUAGCAAUGGUAAAAUAUGUGUAAUAUGUAAAUAGGUGCGAUUUUUUUUUUUUGUGAUUGAUAAGCAAAGAUUUAUUUAUACCCCGGCAGCGAAAACUAUAUGUUUUGUAACACAGUAGAGCUGUAUGCGUACUGGCGUGCGAUAUCCUCAUGCACAUAGACACUUUCAGAAUUUGAAUUGUCAUUUUGGGUUGACAUAAUGCGAAACGUGAGAAACGGUUGCUUUCUUCAGGAAUCAGGAGGCAUAAUUUUCUUGAUAAAUUGACAGGUUUUAUGUUAGUAAUAAGUCUUGAUCGUGUGAAUAAUCGAUGUUAUUGUUUUUGAUUGAAUCAUUUGUAACAUGCUACUAUGUUUCAUGUAAACAUCACCCAGAAAACUUGUUUAUAAAUCAUUUCUUCGCAUAGGCAUUCACGUCGUAGUCAUAGGUGUCAUUUAGGAAAAGAUAAUAAAUGGAAUAGGAUUGACCACUAAGAAACAGUGUUCAUACUAUUCCGAAGGUUGUUCGUAGUUUUGUUGGAGACUCACGUUUAACGAAAACUGACAUAUCGCAACACACUUACACACAAAAAAGGAAAUAAUGAAUAAGUAUUUGAUUUCGGCCAAACGAAAAAAAGUCCUUUUGCGUUCGAAUCUUCAGCCGGGCACAUUCUGUCUGCAUAGAAUGGACCAAUUUUCUCUUCUCAUUCAGGAAUUUUACAAAGUUUAACCGCAAACAAGGUGAACGCAUUUUCUAACUUCUUAUGCUAUUUACACCACGAGAAAACUAUUGCCGCCCGAUGGAGCCAACUAUUUUGCCACGAAAAGUCAGAAUAUGAUGAAAAGAAACACAAAAUCCGAACGAAGCUUAUUGCGAAGAAUACAAUCGAUAAAGUGCUUGAAAUACGAAUGUUUUACAUUGUAGCUUUUCCUGAGUUUGGUGGUAACAGGUUUAUCACCUCAUUGGAACGAAACGAAUAUCGGAAACGUAUUUACUCGUCAUACAAAAACAUAACAAGAAAACUGUGAAGUAUAUCACUAUUCGUAUUAUCGAUUCCCUUCCCCCCAUCGCAAAACGGUCCUCCUAGGAACAAACCAAGUACUAUAGCGAACAAAUCUCACGCAAACACUCUUAUAGCCACGGUAAGAAUUCUCGGUGUUGCAAAUAAACAUUACAUUCAAACAAAACAAAACAAAUAUGUAGUAGCCAUUUAGUGAGAUCGUAAGAAAAUUGCAGCGCACUCAAAAGCUAUAUAAAAUUAAAACACAACUCUAACAGUAUCCAGCGAGUAAAUGUAAAUAUAGACAAAAAACAAACUCCAAAAAACAUAUUUCUUGCCUUCAAAACAACACAAAAAGAAAAUGAAAACAAACACAAGUGUGUAUUCAGCAAAUGUAUAUGACAAGAAAGAAGAAUAGCUGUAACAACAAAGAUAUAUUUAUAACGAAAAAAAUAUAUUAUUUUUUAUCUAGGAGCUUUUUGUGAAGGUUAUAGGAAGCAAAGCAAAGUGAUUGAUUGAUUGAUGUGAAGGAAACCAACGUCAAGAAAAUGCUAUUUAUAUUUGUUCCGAAUGAUUGGUCGAUGAAAGCUAGUGAUAGUGAUAUUUCGAAUCAAUUGCUUCAUUAAACAAAAGUGAUUUCGGUUCUUGAUAUUUGGCAAAUGUGAAAAAAACAAAAAAAGUAUCACCAAGACGUAAUUCGUGAGAGGAGUAGGCAAAACAAAAAACUGCAAUGUUAAAUAUAAUGCAUCCUUUGAGAUAUAAAAAAAAGAUAGCUGAAAGUAACAAGCAACAAUCGCGAAAACAAUGACAUAAAUGAGAGGAAAAAAACAUCGUAAUGUAAACCUACCAACAAUAAACUAACUAUGGCUUGCUUUCGGCACAUGUGCACAAUAAUAAUCAGAAUUAAAAAAUACAAGCAGAACAAAUUCGUAAUGAAACCCGCUACAGCAAACGGCUUGAGAAGAAAAUGAAAAAAAAAAUAUCAGCUUAAGUUUGAGGAAAGUGUAAAAACGGUCUGCUCUAAUUGGGUGGAAACAAAAAAAGCCAGUGAAACAUUUGGAACAGUUCUGGAUAAUGCCUCAGGUGAAGGAUUGCGAGUAACCAUUUUUUACCAUGAGCGUUCCACGUGAGUAAUAGACAUGAGCGUUCGUUCGAUAUCUCUCCUUGAAAAUUCGAACUAUUCCAGAUGUAGACACUGUGUGGUGCGAUACGUUGUACUACUAGACAGAAGGAGAACAUCAGAGAGCAUCACAAAAAAAACAACACAACUUUCACGAAAAUAAAAAAAUGACUGCAUCGCUUUUGAUUACUAUGUAACAUUGUAUAAAAAUAAAUAAAAAAUCUUGGAAAACUA